AUGUUUUUUAAAAAUCAGUCCUUGUUGAAGGAGUUUGUCUUGCUCGGUCUGACCGACAUUGCAGAACUUCAGAAAAUCCUGUUUGUCUGCUUUUUCAUUAUAUACUUGUUGACCUUGGUCGGGAAUUUCUUAAUCAUGGUGGUCACCUUUCUGGAUCAAAGUCUUCACACUCCUAUGUAUUUUUUCUUAUGGCAUUUAGCAUUGUUGGAUAUCUGCUACGCUUCUGUCGCUGUCCCCAAAAUGCUUACCGAUCUCCUCGCUGUGAAGAAGACCAUCUCAUUUGCUGGUUGUAUCUCACAAAUAUACUUUUUUCACUUCUUUGGAAGCACAGAAGUCAUUCUCUACUCAGCAAUGUCUUACGACCGCUAUGUUGCCAUAGGAUAUCCUCUGCGGUACGCCAAUAUCAUGAGCAUAAAUGUUUGCACACACCUAGUGUUAGUGUCAUUGAUAACUGGAUUUUUCCAUGCACUCUUACAUGCUGUGAUGACCUCAAGGCUUCCAUUUUGUGGACCAAAUGUAGUAAAUCACUUCUUCUGUGAUGUUAAACCGGUAAUAACAUUAGCUUGUGCUGACACGUCACUGAAUCUGAAGCUUGUUAAUAGGGUUACUGGAACCAUAGGCACAAUUACCUUACUUCUCACACUUCUCUCCUAUUUCUUUAUUGGGAAGUUUCUUAUAAAGAUACGUACCUCAAAGGGUAGGAAAAAAGCCUUCUCCACCUGUAGUGCUCACCUCACUGUUGCGUCCCUCCAGUAUGGAACAGCCCUAUUCACCUAUAUGAGGUCUUCUACAAAUGACUCCUUGAACCAAGAGAGAGCUACUGCAAUCCUCUUCACUGCCAUAACUCCAUUGCUGAACCCUAUUAUUUAUACUUUGAGGAACAAAGAUAUGAAGAGAGCCAUGAAACGAGUAUUAAGGAGAAUGUUACUUUGA